GCGGCGUGCGCCGCACCGUGAGUCGCUGGUCCGCGCGCGUCAAACCUAUAUCGUCUCGAUACACGACACCCGUGUGUGUGGCUUACCUUAGUUGUGUGUUUGUUCUUAAGGAUCCUAGAUGACUGUGAGAACAGUGAGUGACGUACGCGAAACUAAGAAAUGGAUAAGAUAGAGUUGCUGGGCGGUGCUUGCUUCAGCCACGGCCCUUACACAUUCUAUAAAGCCGUUAGAAUAGGAAAUGGACGAGUCCUUCGGCUUGGUAAUUUCUUCCUGACGAAACUUUGGAGUGACGCCGACCUCGUCAGCAUCGGUGAACUUCAGUUACUUUGGAUGGACAGCCGCGGACCAAAUCAACCUUUGGCAUCGUUACGGCUCUAUUUCCUUCCGGAGAACACCCCGGAUGGUCGUAGGGACACACACGGAGAGGACGAAGUACUGACGAUUUCGGAAAAAGUAGUCGUUCGUGUUCACGAUUUGGUUACUUGGUUAUCACCUUCAUUGGAAUGGUCUUGGGGUCGAGAAAUUUUCAAACCAAGUUCACCAAUUCCAACAUCUUCUCCGGAAAGCAGUCCACCAAGAUACGAAAUUCCUCAACCUCAAGUAUUGACUGAUCCAGGGAUCGAUUUUUCUGACGUUGAUAAACAACAAAAAGAAUACGAGAGCAAUAUUAAUUCUUCGAAAAAAUCCGAUUGCGAAAGUCAAACCAAAGUGGUUGUUCUUUCGUAUCCGAGGUAUUGUAGAUAUCGAGCACUUUUAAGAAGAUUGGAAGGAGCGGAACCUUCGUGGCUUUGUUCUUCGAUAGCUGCUGCGCUUGGUGGUUUCACAGCUACACCUGGAACACGUAUAUUGUUCUGCAGAGACACUUUCGAUUAUCCCGACUUGGAAACUCAUGAACUACUUUGCAACCAUCUAGCGCCUAAGUUGAAAGGACGACCACGAAGGAAACGUAAAAAGCGAAGUGCAUCACCAGGUGAAUCCAGCAACGAGAGUGAAGCUUCGGUUGCAUCUUCGUCAAAAUGUGCGUCAACGAAUUCGAGCCAACAAUUGGUACCAGCUCCUGUUGGAAGGCCACCAUCAUCAGCUGUACGUCGAAGCGAACGGAAAACCAGCGCCGAAGAAAAGAAAUUCAUGGUCGAUGUACAAACUUUUAUGAGUUCUCGGGGUACACCAGUUGGAAAGAUGCCAUUAUUGGGAUACAGACAAAUCGAUCUGUUCCUAUUUUACACGAAAGUACAGACACUCGGUGGAUACGAUUCCGUUAGUGCCGGAAGACUUUGGAAAACCAUUUACGAUGAUAUUGGUGGUAAUACAGGAUCCACCAGCGCAGCAACCAUAACUCGUAGACAUUAUGAAAGGUUGCUGUUGCCUUAUGAAAGGUAUCAGAGAGGUGAAGAACCCAAAGUGAGAUUAACACAUGGAAGACGUACAAAAACGAGUAGUAUAUCUGAAAGUCCGGUGGAUGAAGGUCAAGAAACAAGUGACUCUCGUUCUUCGGAGACACCACCGUUGAUUGAAACACCUCCUGUAAACACUUCUCCACCUUUGCAACCAGUUUUAUCGACAACGUCAUUUCCAUCAAACGAGAAACCAAAAUCCGAGAACGUCGGGAAAACAUCCUCUUUGCGGAGCGUGAGAGUGAAACCAGAACGUCUCAAAUCAUUGAAUACGAUAAUAGCUAACAACACACCACCUACUAGCCAGCAAAGUAACCAACUGCCAAGUCCUCCACCGUCAUCGAACACACCAAUCUCAACUCCUAGUAGUACACCUUCGACGACGCCCACGAUCGUCACCGGUAAUCAAAGUGUUCUUGAACGUCAGUUAAAUAGUCCACUCGUGUCACAGCAAGUUCCACCGUCCUGUUCGUCUCCAGGAUUACCAGUGAGCACAGUAGCUAUGAAUGCAUCUACGGUAGUUACGUUGACACCACCACCGGAAAAAGACAUGAAAGAGAUUAAAUUAGAUCCUAAACAAACGACUCUGUUGGCACAGGGUAAAGAAAACAUACCUUUGUUCGGUGAAAAACCAAUCUUUGCAGAGAAGGCGAUAGUCGUCCCGCCAAGAUCACCGGAAGUGAUUGAUCUCGAAACGGAAAGUGAUACGAGUAGGGAUAAAAUAAUAAUACCAAGUUUUAAGAAGCGAAAGUUGGAAAUUUUGCGAGAAGGUGGUCUCGAAGUUACCGCUGUUGAUCUUGAUUCGCGACCUAGUGUGAUCCAUAGCAGUUUGACACCGACCCCACCAUCGGUCAAACCCGAGGAGAAGUUGUCUUCUUCGCCGUAUCCACUUUCUGUUACACCCAGUUCUGUGCCGAAGCUUAUCUCUGUCACUGUCACACCUGAUAUAGGACAUAUGUUGCCAUCACCUCAGGAAAAUAAUCAGACCAAUCAUCAACAGCAGCAGCAGCAGCAGCAGCAACAUCAACAGCAGCAGCAACAUCAACAGCAGCAGCAGCAGCAGCCUCGGUUUCAAUCCCAAGGAAAACAACAUCCCGUCCAUUAUAACAAUAAUAGUACGACGAACAACAUCAAUAAUAAUACGACGAAUAGUAAAGUUAUUAAUCUUGGUAGUUCGAACAAUGCUGGAUUAUUGCAAUUAUACGCGAAUGCCAACAUGGUACCAGCGUCGGCUACGCAAAUGGUUAAUUCUAAUCAUCGUUUUGUACCACCGAACGUUCCUAACGGGAAAAUAAUAUUACCGCCGAAGGUUACGCAGUCGAGGUCAAUUUUCGCGCACAACGAAAAAACAGUAUACGGAAAUCCAAAAGACAUUCUUAUAUCUCCAAAGUAUCGUCCCUUACAGCAGCGGAUACAGCCACAGACGAUUUGUAACAACAGUGACUACAGUGGAAACGGCGGAGUUCUCGAUCUAACUCAAAAGCCAACUGAAAAAGCUACUUUUUCGAGGCCGAGUCUCGAAAUAGUGAGGGUACCUGUAGUGCCGAGGCCUAAUCCGCUCAAUUUAGAAAUGAGGAAAUCCCCGACGAUUAAAGAUAAACCAAUGGAAUGUACGAUAAAACGAGGCUCGUUUCCAAGUUAUCAAACAGUUCUCGAUAGUCGGACUAUGGCAUCGAAUAAUUUAGAAAUCACAUUAGUCAAUCCUAAACAAAAAACUAAUUACAACGGUGUACCGUCUCACGUGCAAAUACCGAGCCCACCUAACAGAACUAGUAAUCAUUAUCAUUCGGUAGCACAAAGGAGACAAAUGAAUGGGAAAUAUGGUGGAAGGAACGAACCGGUUUCACCUUAUACACCAAGAAAACAACCCACGCAUCCCGUUAUACCUAAUGUACCUAAUUUAAAUCAUCUGAAUAGUGUGAACCCUUCUUAUCCUAGAAUGACUAACGUUCAACAACAAAUUUGUAUAGAUAGAAGGAAAACAAGCGAGGCUGGCAAAGAUCAGCAGCAACGUAGAAUUAGCGACGGUGAUAAACCUGUAGUGUUGCAACCACAUCAGCAAGACAUAAGACAGACAGCAGAGAUUGGACGGCGUCACAGUGUACCAAGUAUACCUUCCGGUUUUAUACCCACUGUGCCACCAAGCAAUCCAGCUUUUCUUUCGCAACUGCCAAACACUUCAGGCAAGUUCCUACCAAUGUUGGACCCCGUGUACUAUUCAGCCUUUUACAAUGGCUUGUUUCCACCUCCGAUACCACCUGCCGCUGCAUCCUCCUUUCUACCACCGGAGUUCAGCGCUUACUACAAGGAACUAUUAGCUUCCUCGCAACCAAGACUGGGGAUGGCAGGGCAGCAUCAACCUGCUGUACCAACAUCCAAAUAGACAAUGGGAUCUCGUCCAGCAUAUCUGGUCUAAUAAAAAUGGGAUGGUGGCUUAAUUUUUAAAGACAUGAUCCGUUGGACUUCCUUGUUGUAAAUAAGUGUUAAAAGUAUUCAUGGAAUACCGAGGAAGAGAGAAAGAGAGGACAAUAUGCGAAUAAUGAGCGGCGAUGCAUAGUUAAAAAAUAUUUGUGUCAUUUUUACCACCCGUACGUCACCGUCGUUACUUUCACAUCUAUCUAGAUGUUAAUAAUAAAAAAAAAGGAAAAAAAAGGGACUGUUCUCAAAGCGAUAAUUAGAUCGAAGAACUUUUAAGAAAAAAGAUGAACAUUUUAAAAAUUUUUGUAUCAGCGAAGAUGUUCUUCUUUUUUGUUAUAUAAUAUUUUUCUUUUUCCUUGUCAAAAGCAAAAGCAUUGAUUGUAUAGAAGCGAUGAGAGAUUAUUUCGUUGAACUGCGUACUAAUAUUCUGUGAUAAUAAGACAAAAUAAAGAAAGAAAGAAAGAAAGAAAGAGAGAAAGUGAUAGAGGGAGAGAAAGAAAGAAUAAGAGAGGUAGAGUAGAGAUAGAGUGGUACAACGUUCCCACGAAAGCAAAGUACUUUUUAUAUAUAUGUAUAUUGCCAGUGCGUGGCAAUACAACGUGCGUGUGUUUACGGUCAAAUUAAACAAUUAUUAUAAUAAGAGAAGGUAUUUUUUUAAUUUGUUGAACUCGAUUUAUAUAUAUACAAAUCUUUAUGCAAACACGCGUUUUCGUUUUAAUUAAGGAGGUUGCUACCACUCUGGAGAAAAGGAAGAAAAUUAAAAAAAAAAAAAUCAUCUGGACGCAGGUAUUGAUUUUUGUAAAGAAUAAGGAACUAAAAAAAGAAAGAGUUAUUAUACGAUAAGAUUUAUGUUUUUUUGUUAUUUCUUUCUAUUCUUGUAUAUUUUAUUUUUUCCUUUUUUUCUUUUUUAAAAAAAGAAGCAUAUACGUUUGUGC